AUGUCCCAGCCAAAGUAUACGGUGUUUGUGAGGGUGCCCAUACCCAGGGGAGACUUUGUUGAUCCUCCUCCCGUCCAUUGGGAUUCGUCCAAAGACGAGGCUUUGUGGAAGAUUCUUUCUGGUGCAACGCAAACCGAGAUUGACUGUGAUGCUGAACGAUUCGAUGUCCCCGUCGAUUUCCUCCUUAAGCAAGUCGCGUACUUGACUGAAAGACAUGCGUCGCAGGUUCGAGCCCAAGUCCGAAAGGCUACGGCCGCAGCGAAAGGCUCAGCUGCCCCGUCUCCCAUCCCUGGCGCAGAACCGACUGGGUCAUCAUAUCAACGCGCUCCAUCUGCCCUUUCAGGACGACGAGACUCGCCGAUGCCGCGACCUGAGGGUGCGCUGAGUGGAACGCCGCUUUCAAUACCUAUACGCCCGAAUAUGAGUCGUGAUACGUCUGGCAACACUACGAUUCUGAAGGAUGUCGCUAGUUCAUCUUCUCCGCGCCAUGGUACGUCGUUCCCGGGCAGAGCGGUCGACCAGGCAGGCAGGAAGAGACUAUCGUCACUACCGAUACCGUCACCUACAGCAAAAUCGCCCGAACCGCAGGCCGACCAUCGCCACAAUGAAGCGAUUUCUCCAGGACCUGCUGAAUCCAGCUCCAAUGAAUCGUCUGACGAGGAAUCCAGCCCCGCACAGUCUCGAAUUAUCCGCCGCCCACCACGAUUUCAACAACAGGAAGCUGCGAAAACGUAUCCUGAUGACGGAGAUGAUGAAUUGGAGCCCGCGUUUCAACCGUUCCAGGCUUCAGAUCAGCCAGGUCAAGACCUGGCUUCAACACUGAGGGGAGAUGGACGGGCUUCUGGUCGACGAAACCACAAGAAUCCCAUGCGGGAGUACCUUCACCAAUCUCAAACGUCCGACGAUUCGUCCACAGGCUCGCCUACUGCGAUACCAAGGCCGAAAUCGAAGGAAUCCAAGAUACCUGGACCACUCUCUCCACGGCGAACUGCGGAGCUGGCAGGACGCAGUCCGAGCGGCAAGGGAAAGGCGAGUUCUCGCGAGGGCAGUGAUGGGACUCCCAGCAUGGGAAGUAGUUUUAGUGAUCUGGAUGACGCAUCAGUAACCCAAUCCGCUCUUGAGGAAGCUCUUGCAAGUCACAUGAAUCGAGGCGCCAGCAGCCGAUUUAGCAUCAUUCACCUCAAAACAAUCGCCGUCAUGUUUCGCCGACAUUGGUCUGGCCUUCCCAAAGAUGCGACCUUUCCAUCUGACCUGAAAGGCUUGGGAUACUUUGUGAACGACGACGAUGAAAUACGAUCUGUCGAGAGCCCAGAACAAUAUUUCAAAUUCUUCAUAAAUAAGAAUGAGCGGAUAAACCAGUGUCAGAGGUUCGAAUUUGACAAAGCCUUGGAAGACAUUAUUCAUCAGCGUCUCGUUGCUGAGGGACUAGAUAAGGUUGCUUUACCACUAGGAAGCACGACUUCGGAAAAGCACAUAGUUGUGUUUGCGACGCCUGACUUGCCUUCAAAAUCUCGGAUUAUUGUAUUCUUCGGCGAGCCUACCAAAGUAUUGGGCAUGCUGGCCGGCCGAGUGGCUAAUGGGCCUGGUGGUAUUAACAAAGGCUCAUUAGUUUCUGUCGUUCAAGAACUUCAAAAACAAGUCGCCUCCAAUAAAGAUUCGUCGCCGCCUGGCGUGUUCAUUGCCAAUCCUGGCCAGUUGUAUUGGUGGCCCGAGGGUCGCCGCAUGCUUACCGCGACGGACAGCACGGCGAUCCCGUUGCCAAGCCUUGUUCAUGCUGGAAGGCGACAUAUUCCUGAAAUCAACACCGUCAUCGCACAUGAAACACCAGAAAAGCAUGUCGAGUCUGUUUUUAGUACGUUGCUCCAGGUGAUGAGCGAACGCACAAAGGUCGAUCUGAUUGCCAUUGGGCAGAGCUGCGAACUGGUGACCAAGUUCUUGGACGAUGCGACAAACUGGCACGCUUGGAAGGAUCAUCUCGAUGCUAUGCUUCUCAUGGGAACAGUCUACCCAGCAGAUUUAACCAACCAAGCGCUUCGAGACUUCACGGCAAAGCGCGCCCGAGCGUACAUCGUUUCUACGGAGCCCCUGGAUACUCCCCUCGCGCCCCCUUCUGGAAAUGAGGAGGAACAAAUCCCAGCUUUCGGGUGUCCGUGUUACUCUUCCUCCGAGCCGUUCUACGCUGAAAUGGUUCUCAUACGUGCUCUCAAACCGGCCCUUCAAUAUCUGGAAACUGUAGCCCUGACCCCGGGAUAUGAAAAUGACGAUAUUCUAGUAGCGGAGAAGCCUAAGCAAGAAUUUACUGAUAAGGACUGGGAGAAGGUAGCUGACUCGGAAAAGCCGUUGAUCCGGGUCGUGGAUGCGGACCUUAUGAAGCAAGAGGUGAAGAACCGGAAGCGGUGGAGAAAGUUCCUAGAGAACGGAGAAGCUUGUGACACUGAUUCGUCUGACGACGAAGAGGUGUGA